UCGGCGAAGGGGGCGGACACUACUCUUUCAACCCUUUCCGCGAUCAGUCGUGUGGUGGCCGUCAUCGGGACUCAUGUACAAAAACUACAAAUAUUACAAUUCGAAGUGGUCUCGGUCCUCGGCCGAUGAUUACACGGGCCACGACAGGUUCUGCCAGGAGAGGGUCGACAGAAAGAGGCGAAAGCCCGUCAUUUACACCAAAGCUCAGAGUCAGGCUCAAGAAAAGGAGAGAGACAAAGAAAAAACAACUUCCAGAGACAUUAGUCUAUUCUCUUGCGUCAAACAAAACAAAGAGCAGACACAGGAAAAUAACAGACAUGGAGGCAGAUACGAGUACAUGGCACUGGAGGCGGAGGGCGGAGGCCAAGAACGUCUGGAGCUGGAAAGGAAAGCGAAAGAAGAGGCGCACACAGCGUGCACACAUUACCUUAAAGGAUGUCCGAGAUAUACCCUGCUCCAACACCUAAAAGACAUAGGCUCCAGGAUGGACAAACAUUGGUUUGUGGUUAGAGAUACGUCGGUGAAGACGGAAAGGCUCCUAACUCUUGUGCCAAAAGGGCCGGGGUGCAUUCUCAAAUGCGACUCCUCGACCAGAGCGACGGUGCUGGACCUCUUUCUCAACCUACAACACCCUUACAUUUACCCUGUUCUUGACCUGGAAUUCCGAGGUUCACCGUCAACCCAAGAGACUUACAUAGUGCUUGUCAUACCAUACAACGCCAAAGGAAGCCUUAAGGAUCUCAUUUACAAGAGCGUCUGGCAAGAAGACUGGGGAGACAAGUACGGUGAAAAAUCCGAAGGCCUCCCUAUCUCUCAAGUACAGAGGCUCGGUAGGCAGAUACUCGAAGCGCUGUUAUUUCUGAAGGAAAGAGGCUUUCCUCCGUGCUCCCAUCUUCAUUCUGGCAACAUAAUUAUACAAAACGGAGUGGCAAGACUGAGCGGUUUGGAAAAUGUUUUGUUUGGCUUCACUUCUAGGAUUUAUCCAAUAAUUUCUAAAAGGUUCAGGCAUGACCCGACCGUGAUAGAUGUCAUCUGCUUCGGGCAUGUUUUGUUUGAGAUGUGCGCUGGGUAUGAAUUGACUGUCGCUGUCCCGACUGCGGCGAAUCUCUUGGAUAUUUCUACUUACCCACAGGUGGUUGACGUGUUAGAAUUCAUCUUCAACAAUCCUAAAGAAAGGUUUCCGUCCAUCGAGGAGCUUCUACUGUCCGAUUUUUUCAGGAAUAUCGAUCUCAGGGAAAUGAGAGCCACUUCAUUGCCGGUGUACCACGCACGCCUAACACCAUCAACCCUCGCCCUUCUUAAUGAUGUGAAGAAACACCAAAAAACUAAAAGGGGAAGAAGAUCUCAGUCAACUUCUAUGGAAGCAAAUACACCACCUCCAACAACAUCACACCGAGAGCACAGAUGUGCCGACGGACCCCUCAUGUUCGAUGAUAUAUCACAUCUGGGAGCUUCUAAGUUUCAAUGGGAAACAAGAGUUUGAUUAAAUUAAUUCCCAGCUUAAAGAGCUAUUCUUGUCACAAAAAAAUCCCCCCAAAAAUCAUUUUUUCCCAUUUGUUUUCAAAUGACAGGGAUUUGGUCAAAGAUGUUCAAAAUGUCAACAAAUUAAUUUUGUACCAUAAGCGGAAUGCUAAGGUGCUUUUGCUAAAUUAUAAAUCAUACAGGCCAUUGAUUAACUAAUAGAAUAUGAAAGUAAUGAUAUUUUUUUUAUUGAUAUAAAACAAAAAACUGGUCAUUUCUUAAUAAUAGAUGACUUUAAAUUGCUAUUAUUUAUAACAAAGACAUAUCAAUUGUUAGAAUUUUUCCAAAUAUAUUAGAUUAUGGCUUAAAAAUUAAAAUAAACAGUUGGCCAAUCACAACAAUCUGUUAAAAUUACACCACUGUGUACAAAAAAUAUCGUUGGAAACAAUGCAUUUUUACAUAAACUACAAUAGAUAUAAUUCAAAUAGUUCUGCCAAAGCAAUGAAAUUAAACACAUUCACCCCCUGAAGUUGGUGUAAAGGAUGAAGAAAAUCCAUUCUUACAUGAAAACGUCCAAUUACCCGACAAAUAAGAACAGCAAAAUAAAUUUCAGUCAUAAAUAAUGUGUAUGACAGUAUUUAAAUAACCCUUCAAAAAACUUUUUUUCAAUCUGUAGAAAACUUUUAAUUUGCAGAAAAUUAUGAUUCAUUCUAUUUUGUAGGGAUCUCAGGUGAAGGAAUAGAAGUGAGAUUUUAGGUGGCUGUUGCUAAAUUUCAUGUCGUAUGACAACCCAUUUUUUAAAAAAAGGCGUAAUAAGUGGGUAUAAUUUAAAAGUCUGAACGUUCUCUUUUUUCCUUACAAUUUUAUUUUUUUGAUAUAAGAAAUUAUACACAUGAUUUGACAUGCCAAACACAACAUAUUGUGCCAAAUGCUCAGUUUAAAAGAUUCCAUUUCGUGUUCUUGUAAAAUUUUAAUAGUCCUUUAAAAUUAAAAACAAAACAAAAACACCUGAGAUUUCUUUAAUAACAUACACUUUUUAUUUAAAAUAUUGGUAUACAAAAUUGUAACAAAAUUAUCAACUCAAUUCAACUGCUCUCUCUCUUUUUCUUGAGAUUUCACCUUCUUUAAAUGCAUGGUAGAAACAUCUUUUCUAAACAAACCUAAGACCACUUCCACUUACAAAAGUAAUAAUUUAAACAAUCUAAUACAUAUCUAUGUUUUAUGAAGCACCAAACAAAAUAGUACCAAAAUAAAGAAAAAAAAUCUUUGACUUUAUCCUUAAACAGAGUGCAAUAAGAAUGGGCAUCAUUCUUGUAAGCUCAGUAAAGAAAAAAUAGUUAACCUAGUGCACUUUAUUAUCAGAGAUGUCUUAAAAGUGAAAUAUAAAAAAAAAUGUUUAGGAUAUAUCAGAUUAUAUAUUUUAAGAAAAUAAUAUAUUUUAAAAAGAUAACCUAGCAUCAAUCAUUAAAGUUAUAAUUGUUGUUAGAUGUUAAAAUAAAAUGUUAUAUAUUUAUGUGAGAUAGUUAAAUAUAUUGUGUGUGUAUUAAAGGUGAUUAGCGAAGCUGUUUUAUAUUUUGUGAAAA